CCGUUCAACUUGUUGCCAUUCACACAACAAAGACAAAAAGAAAAAGAGCGAGUUAUAGUUUUUUUGUGUCUUGGAAAAUACUCGUUCUCUUGGCAUUUCCGAAAUAUAAUUUAUUUAUAGCACAAUCAAACACGCACAGACACACACAUACAGACGCACAAUAUGCCAAAACUAAAGAGCUUAAUACCCAAUAUCUUUGGCGGCAACAGAGACGCAAACAGUAACAGUAACAACACAAACAUGAAUGCGGAGGGACGUUUGGAAACAGAUGCAUUGCCAGUUAGCGAGGCAGAUAACGACAUUAGCGGCGCAUUAUCGCUGACCUCGAAUACGCCAACACCAUCCGCUGAUCUAACCGAAUCGGUGCUACGCGAACUCUCCGAUCCCAAUUACAAUUCCAUGGAUGUGGUGCAGUCGGCGCAAAUACCAGGAAGUGCUCUAGUAAAUGGCAACAACAGCACUAUGAACACUAUGAACGUGCAUAGUGCACAACAACAGGUGGUGAUGAACUUCUCGAAUGCCAGCAAUUUGCAUUUUGGCUCCGUAUACAAUUUCAAUCAAAAUCUAACUGGCUGCAGUUCACGCAAAGGCAGUACUAGUACAACGGAGGAUGUGGCAGGAGCGUUGCCAGCCGAUGGCAAAGUCCGACACUCUGUGCCAAGAAAAACAGUUAGCAUCGUAGCGAUGAUGCAGUCGCAGCAGGAACCAGACGAACGAUUGCUAGAUGCGGUGGCCACCCACCUAGGCGAGGGCUGGAAGCAAGUGAUGCGUGAUCUGGGCCAUUCCGAGGGUCAGAUCGAGCAGGCGAUAAUUGAUCAUCAAAUGCAUGGCAAUAUCAAAGAGGUGAUUUAUCAACUGCUGUUACAGUGGCUGCGCAGCGCUGACGAUGGCGUUGCCACUGUGGGACGACUCACCACCUUGCUGUGGGAAUCCCAGCAUCGGGAAUGUGUGCAGCGCAUGAAACUCGUUUGGAAAGCGCUCGAGAAGCGCAAGACAUUCAGUUAGAAAUCCAGGGCUACACCAUAUCUACUUAGUAUAAGUCUCUAAUUUAGUUGCUUUCAAACCCCACAAACAACUCAGCAAUUAGCGUAGAGCAUUCUAAUUUUUGUGCAAUAAUAUUUGUAAAACUAAUUUUUUAGACAAAAAACAGGCAUUGUAAAAUAUUUUUAUAUACGUAAACUUCGAAUAGGUGCCUUAUAAAAACAAGUUUGUCC